GCGGCAUCAACGACCAGAGGCCUCACUCACAACUUGCUUCUUUCUGCCUCUCUGUAAACCCUGCAACAUUUGCGGCCUUCUCAUUCUCAUUUACUUGUUUUAAUUUUUACUUUCAUUUUUUGCUUUAUUUCCCAUUUUCCUUUCUUCCCAUCAACGACCAGAGGCCUCAUUCAGCAACUUCUGCCACUCUGCAACCUGCUGCAUUUGUUGCAUCUACUUUUUUCACUCUUACUUAUGCGGGUUUUUGUGUAUACAAUUCUCCCAUAAAAGCACUUGCCAUCUGUUAGGGCGACCAACCAGGUGUGACUGCUGGAACGUGUCAGUGUGUAGAGUGUUGAAGAACCAAGGCCAUAGAAAGUAAAAGAUGGCAAGCAACUAUUUUAAGUAUCUGGCAGUGCCAACACCUUCUGAGCAUAAUUGGAAUGGCAAUGAUGAAAACGACUAUUAUCUACAGGAUCCAGAGCAGCUGUUUGAUGAAUUACCUCAACCUUUCAGGAUGAUUGAUAAAUUAAUUGGUCGCAUCAUCGAGAAUGCGUGUGAAGUAAUUGAAAAACGAGAGGCAGAAAGAGAAGCUGAAAGGUUAAAGAAAAAAAUACCUUUGUGUGAAUCAUCAGAGGAGAUUCAGGUUGCUGGCAAUGUAAACUGCCUUGCAAGUUCUGCGGAUGGAAGUUAUAUUUUUGCAGGGCUGUCUGAGGGAGUGGCAGUUCUGAGCAUGGGGGAUCACACCGUUAAAACUAUUUGGAAGACAGAAGAUGUUGAGAUUGUUGCACUUCAAGUAAAAACUGUUGGAAACCAGCUUUAUCUGCUUGCUGCUGUGGAUGACAUGGGUUUGGCACAUCUUCUUUUCUAUUAUGAUGACAUGUUUUCCUCAAUAAAAGUUUUCAAUGCGUUUGAAAAUAUAAGUGAAAGAAACACAUGCAGCAAAUUUGAGUUAUCAGAUGGUGGGGACUAUGCUGGUGUAACUCUUGAAGCUAAAGGUGAGACUUGGCUUGAGGUGUAUCGACUGAUGAAAGAUAAUUGGGUUCAAGAGUUUGACCAGUUUGCAAAGCUACUGGAACUUAUUGAAUCAUCUGAGGUAAGUAGCAAGCAAAUGAAUCUACCAAAUCCACAAGAUAUUAAAUGGACACCUCCAAGUCUGGUGAUGAAAGUGAGACCCAAGCAGAUCACAGAUUGCAUUUGGAAAAAUCCAUUUGAUGCUCUUCAGAAGCUUGAUGAUGGAAGCAUUAUUGGUACAGGCCAGAACCAUGUAAUUACUGCACAACAGUGGAAUGGAGAAAAGAAAAUAUUUGAAGAAAUGUAUGAGACCUACCUAUCUAAAGACACAACAGAACAGAGUGAAGAAAAGCAAAGUCAACCAACAAUUCAUUUUCUAAAUCUUGGACGGCUACUUCCAGUGGGUCUGGAGCAGAAAACACAAGUUGGUCUACCCAAUGACUUGUGUGUGUGGUGGAAUGGCAGCCAUGUUCUAUUUCAUUACAUACUGAAAAUACCAGGAGCAAAAGAAAAGAUAGAUCUGGAGCCAAAAGCGAACAUUGUGUGGCCCAAUGCGUCUCCGAUCACUUGUUCUGCUGUAGAAACCUGUGCAUCACUCCUGGCGAUUAGCCUUACUGAUGGGACAGUGACAUUAUGGGACCUGUACAUGGGUCUCCCAAUAUCAGUCUUGGCCGUUUCGGUUGACAGUGCUAUCAGGAGUCUGCAUAUCCUGGAGUCCAGUUAUUGUGUUCCCUCUGCAUCAUCAAAUGGACAUUCAAAAGCCCAGGUAUUGGCAACCUGCAAAAGUGGUGCAGUUUACCUCAUUACAGCCAACGCACACACCGAAGGUACCAUUACCACAUUGAAAGAGAGAAAUGAAGCGCCAGGAAAAGUCAUCAGUGCAGUUGCACUUGUACCACAACUUUCUAGCCAGAUUCUUCUCAUCCUGACGGACGGCACAAUAUCUUUGUUGGACAGCACGGAUGGAGAUGCUCUGUGCCACUAUGUGCUCCCUUUCCCCCGUACAGUGGCAUUCCCCUGGAAGCCAGUAUUUGCUUUUGACAGAGACGGCAGUUUCCUCUUUAUCAAAGCAGAUAACAAGAUAAGCAACCAGACCCCUGACCAAGAGGAGAGCAACAGCUCAUUAUUCGCCUUCUCCUUGCUCUCGUUGUAUCCGCUGGAUAAAUGCACAAAGAUGAAAGAGCCUCCGCAGCCUCCCACACAGACUACGUGGGAAAAGAGAUGUGAACAGUUCUUACAGGAACGAUUGAAGUCUGUGAUGAGGAGAAAUGAAGAAAUGACAAAGUGCUGGCAUCAGCUUCAGCAUCAUGCCAUGUCAAUCAGGCAGGGAAAAGGAUUUAAGGAAGACAGCAUGACCAAUAGGAUGUUAAAUAAAAGCACCUGAGAAUGGACACCACACAUCUGCAAGACGAGGGGCAGGAGGAGUACUAGGUAACCUUGGUGGUUGAAUGCUCCAAAGUACUUCACCAUUAUGGUACUGAGAAGACUGUUUGUAAUACCCAGACUUUGUCAGUUCUGAAUAGUAGAAAUAAUUGUGCAAGACUGAACUGCUGAGAGAGACUUGUUAGAAGAGACCACGGAUUGGAAAAUCUUGAAACCUGUGUCCUGGCCAUGCACCUAUCCAGCGAUGCUCGAGAUUGUCAGCAGAAUUCUCCACGCCAUUGUCUUUGUCUUCAGUGCCAAAAUCUUUUUUUCUCCCAGCUGGCUCAUGCCAGGAGUACAAUCCCCCAUCAUGCUAGAUCAUCCAAGCUAAGGUUCACCCAUCACUCAUCUAUUAUUUGUGGCCAAAACAUUAGCUGCUCAGAAAACAAUGGAAAACACACCAAAUGCAUCUUACAGCGCCAGAGACCCGGGUUCGAUCAUGAUUACGGGUGCUGUCUGUACGGAGUUUGUACGAUCUCCCUGUGACCACCUGGGUUUUCUCCGUGUGCUCCAGUUUCC